AUUCAAAAUAACUACAUGUUUUUCAUCUUCAUUAAACACUUUGGUUCACAAACUGAAUACUGUAUAUAACACGAUAAAAUCCAGGCAGCUCCUGCCACUAACAGCGCCUCGAAACUGAUCGUUAUGUCAAAGCAUUUAAGCUAUUCGCUUGAACAGGUACCACCGCAAAACAACUGUGUCGCCGAUGAGUUCGCAACGUCUCGUCAGCACUACAAUCAACUGAAUGCCUACGUGCCCUAUGUUGAACCGGCUAGUCAACAAUAUUCUGGACUGAAUGCGGUUACACGUCGGAGAAUUCAGAAUAGAGACGCUGCGCGAAAGUAUCGAAGCAAUCGAUCAACAAUCACAAAUGAAAGGCCAUCGCAAACCUAUGCUACGCACAAUGAACAAAGUUUGCCUAAAAUUAGAAACAGAGCAAUUCAACCUCGACCGUCACAAAAAGUUUUUACAUCCUUGAGUGAAGAGUUUCCAGCUCACAGGCCUCCAGCACAAACACACAGCGCAUACGCAGACUCAGCCGCAUCAGGAAGCAGCCAUGACGAAAAUAUUUUGCUCACUCCUCCAAAGUCUACUACAUCGUCAUCCAGCCGGCUGAGUGGAAGGUCACAAGAUAUUCCGGAUGAGUUCCACGACAUGCUAGUGGAAAAAAAGCUUCUAUCACACUUAGAUAGUGGAUUGGCAGACCUGAAUAAGGUACCGCCCUCGAUAGAGGCCUAUGGAGCUGUGUCGUGGCCCAACACAUCUCACUCGGACCAUUACCCUUUUAUGCCGGACAGCACCAGUGGCAACUUCUCAAUGACUUGGAGUGACAGCAGAGAGCGUUGGCCAACUUCAGACUGCACCCACCCACCAGUUCCUGCUGAAUCCAGGCAAAAUCCUAAAACGACCGCCUCUUUCACACUCUCUUACGUCGAUGAUCCCACGUAUGCCACACCACACAAUGAUGAAGUGUUAUCAAGUCACGACGACUCCGAUGGCGAUGAAAACUACCAGACCUCUCUACAUAUUGCAGCUAAGUGUGGCCAUGAGAGUAUGAUUGACAUGUUGUUGAAGAGCAGCAUUGCUGUAGAUCAUCCCGACAGCGAAGGAAACACGCCACUUCAUGUUGCUGUGUUGGGACGGAAUUUGGUCAUUCUGCAGCGUCUCCUCGAGUGCGGUGCAGAUCCAAACAUCAGAAACUUGAGUGGGUGGACGCCAGUCCACCUUGCAGUUCAGGCGGGUUCGGUGGAUGCCGUUCGAAUGCUGGUAAGCUAUGGAGGCGACCUGGGCAAGAAGGCUAGGCGAAAUGUUUAGAAUGUUUCAUUGCAUCACUCUACGCUAAAGAAUAGACAUAAGGGACGGGAAAUAUUUAUACAGGUUUCGUUGCGCUUCAAGAAUGCAAUUGACGGCUUACUUUGCUAUCCUAGUGACAUAAA